AGAAAAAUUAGGGGGGAUAGAGAGAGAAACGGGGAGGAGAGAAGAAAGAGAAGAGAGAAAGAAUCGCUUCGUAUAUAAGCCAAUCCAUAGAAGCUCUGCUUGCCCAGGGCGUCUUCUUGAUAUUCAACCAAUAAAUACAUACAUUAUAUAUAUAUAGAUAUAUAGGUGUAUGUAUAGAUAGAGAGCUGUGAUUUAGAGAGAGAGAGAGAGAGGUAUAGAGAGAGGAAGAGAGGAAAAGAGAGUUUCCUUGGCCUUUCGGCUUUAUUUUCAUUUUUUCCAGACAUAGAGAGCCGACGGCCAUGCCAGAUUCAAGCAGCGAUUCCGUUUCUAUUGACGUCGAGACCAUCUAUCUUGGCGGAAAGGAGCAUAUCGUACACACUGGCUGUGGUUCCGUGUCUGUUAUAGUUUAUGGAGACCAUGAAAAGCCGGCACUAAUCACUUAUCCUGAUUUAGCUCUAAAUCAUAUGUCCUGUUUUCAGGGACUUUUCUUUUGUCCAGAAGCCGCAUCUUUGCUGCUACAUAACUUCUGCAUUUACCAUAUCAGCCCUCCCGGUCACGAGUUGGGAGCUGCUUCAAUUUGUCCCGACGAACCUGUGCCUUCUGUGGAUGAUUUAGCCGAUCAAAUACUUGAAGUUCUUAACUAUUUCGGGCUUGGUGCAGUAAUGUGCAUGGGGGUAAUGGCCGGUGCUUAUGUCCUCACCUUAUUUGCUUUAAAAUUUAGGGAGCGAGUUGUUGGGUUGAUUCUUGUUUCCCCACUAUGCAAGGGGCCAUCUUGGACCGAGUGGUUCUAUAAUAAGGUGAUGUCUAAUUUGCUAUAUUACUACGGAACGUGUGGCCUGCUUAAGGAGUGUUUACUACACCGAUACUUCAGCAAGGAAGUACGUGGCAGUGCAGAGGUUCCGGAAUCCGACAUCGUUCAGGCUUGCAGAAGAUUGCUUGAUGAGAGGCAGAGCAUCAACGUAUUGCGGUUUCUUGAAGCCAUCGAUAGGAGACCCGACAUCACUGAAGGAUUGAAGACACUACAAUGUCGAACCCUCAUAUUUGUCGGGGAUAGUUCUCCUUUCCAUUCAGAGGCUCUCCACAUGACCGCUAAACUCGAUAGAAGAUACAGUGCCCUAGUCGAGGUACAAGCUUGCGGAUCAAUGGUGACAGAGGAGCAACCACACGCAAUGUUGAUCCCGUUAGAGUAUUUCCUAAUGGGGUUUGGACUAUACCGGCCAAGCCAGUUCACGGGGAGCCCAAGGAGCCCUCUAAGCCCAUCUUGCAUCGCGCCCGAGCUUCUCUCCCCCGAAAGCAUGGGACUGAAACUAAAACCAAUAAAGACCCGGCUCACGCCCCAUCAACUCCCGAGCACAAGACGCUGAUAUAUGGUUUCCAGAACUCGGUGUAAAUCCAACCAGUCAAACCAUAUAGAUUUUUUCUUCUUUUGUUGAUUAUUUUUUUAAAAAAUUAUGGAGAUUCGGGGCGCGCUCACAUCUGGGUGACAGGGUAGAUAUGGUUGUGUAGAUAUAGAAAAUCAGCAAAUUCUUUGAUGGACAUAUAUAGGGAGGGAGGAAGAUUUGGAUUCAUUUAUUGUAGUUGAGGGCCAUAUAAAAAAAAACACCAUUUUGUUGAAGUGUACUGUAAAUUUUUCAAGGGGACUUUUGGAACAAAUUUGAUGGAGAACAGUGAAUAAUCCAGCUGUUGGAGCUGGUGAUUGAUGAUGAUGAAUAUAUUUAUUUGUGGACAA